CGCUAUGUUAUUCAACCGUGAUAAGUGAUGUACUCUCCAGCAUGGCUGAAAUUUUGACAGAAGUUCAAGGUCAAGUUCCAGUCCGUGUUAAAGGACAGACUUCGUGUAUCUAUCACCAUGGUAAACUCCUGGAUCUGUUUUGUGAGAAGUGUAAAGAAAUUUCCUGUGUGGACUGUUCGACUUCAACUCAUAACGGUCAUGACUUUUCGGCCUUGAGUAACAUUUCUGCAAAAAAGAAAAAGAAUCUUCAGAAGAUAAUAGCCAGAAGAGUAACUAAAGAUAUUCCUUCAAUGAAGAAUAGUAUCAAAUCUAUUGAAGCCAACAUCGCGACAACCAACAGCACAUUUGCUGCCAUUGGUACGGAGAUUAUAAAACAGAGAGAUAAACUGAAGCGGAAGAUCGACUCUCUAGCAGAUCAAACACUCGCUGUGUAUGAAAAACUAAAAUCAGAAAACAUGACUUUGUUAACGGACUGCAAAGAAGAACACGAAAGGCGACACGCUGUGUUAAUGAAAGAGAUACGGGAAGCAAGGACACUGAUCAGGAGCGGAGACGAUAUCAGCGUUUAUGACAAUGAUGCCGUUAUGGCGUCACUAGUAGGUUUGCCUGCGAGGCCAACGCUGAAUACGGCCACUUUUACUCCUAACCUGGUGCCACUUGAUCACCUCAAAUGCGCAUUCGGCACAGUGACAAAAGGCAACAAUAACAGUAAUUCCUCCGUAUCAAAAACCUCAGAAGAAUCCAGGGACAAGGUCGAAGUCUCAGAAGUACCCAAUGACAAGGUCCCAGUCUCAGAGAAACAAGGAAGUGGAGAACCUAAAGUGAUCAUCUCACAGGCAGAACAGCCCCAUAGAACAUCUGAUAAAGAGCAUGUUAACUCAUCUACGAAACUUCCAUCCUCUGUUAACCAUGGAUUUGUACCCUCUAGACAAUCUGAAGCUUCUGGGAACUUCCAGGUAACUGGGGCGACUGAGUCAGGUGAAAUGCUUUUUCAGAAGAUGACUGACCACGAACCAAAACACAUAAAAAUAGAAAAAUUGAUGUCUAUCUUGGGGGAAAUGAGAAAUGGCGACAUCUGGGUUGGAGACAUAGAAAGAAGGACCUUUCUACGUAUUGGCAGAACCGGAACGAUAAAGGAUAUUAUACCACAAAGAAGGCAAGUAACAGACUCUUGCUUCUCAACUCAAAACCAAGAAUUGUGGUUUUGUUCACAAGAUGAUAACAGUAUCAUAGAGGUGACUUCUGCACCAACAAUCCCGAGGUUCUACACGGAGGAAUCCCCUCUGUGUAUAUACGUAACAAUGGACGGUCAGAUCAUCGUCGGCAUGCCAAAACAAAUAACCAAAUUCAACACCGACGGACAGGUCAUCCUUACAACCAAACCAAGUCUUCUUUCGAUGUUUUGGAGACAAAUUGUGUGUGUACCAAGAUUCAUCGCAGAGUGUCCGAGGACGAAAAAUAUAGCAGUGAUAGACGGGAUGACACAUAAUAUACUGGUAUUGGACAAAACACUCAAUGAGUUGGUUCGCUACCCCGGACGUAAGCAUGAUCAUCUCAAGCCGGUAAUGAUUGACAGAUUCACUCCAACUCGGAUUACCUAUGACUUGGAUGGAUGUAUGUUCAUUGAAGAUAUUGGUAACAACUGCAUGCACCUCAUUGGUGGCAGAGGCGAAUUUUAUGGACUGUUGGUAAACCGCAAAUAAUAGUCCGUUAGUGUACCCUCUACAGUAAGUAGGUCCAGAACAUAUCUGUGUACGAACACCCAUCGAUCAUUCUCGAUAUGUUUUGCUGUAAAAAGAUACACUAUGUUGCUGGGGUUACAUAAUUAGAAUAUGAGUAUCGACUUAUUUUUCACACGUACAGUGUAAUUAAAUACAGAAGGUUGAACACUGUGUCACGUAUACAAAUACACAAACAAUUGUGGAGUCAAAGCUUCCAACAUAAUUCUUAUAAAAGAAAUAGAAAUGUAAUUCCUACGUAACGAUCGAGUGAUAGUAGUGAUGACGUCUUCUAGCUUCCAUCCGGCUGAGAAGAGAAUGGCAUUCAAUGGCCAAGAUAGUAAACUUAUUUAUCGUUUAAUAGACAUACAAGGCUAUCACAUUUGUUUUUUGUAUAAAACGUAUCUCGAUUUCUAUUGUAAUUGUUGGAACAUUCCGGUUCAGUUUCCUUGUAUGCCUGCAAAAGAAAUGCUAAUGAUCGGCGAUAAUAUUACUGUUGUUCUGUAAAGGACGUCUAAUUUUAAUUAGUAUAAUCCAAGCUGUCAUGUGACAAUACCAUGUUUAUUUGUGAUCAGUGUAUAAUCAACAAGACAACAUCUAUUCAACCUCGUAACUACAUGUAUUCCUUCCUCGGUGAUAAUAGCAGACUACAUUUAUUGAUACUUACACAUUUGAUGAUUUGAUACUUUAGGAAACUCUUAAUGUGUGUUCUGGUAUAUCACUGACGAAUCCUAAAUGGACAUACAUAUAAUAUAUCUAGAAUGCUUUCAAUGAUAAUAUCAAAAUAGAGCAGAUGAUAUUAAAAAGGCUAUCAUAGUUUUGUAAUGAAUCGAAUCGAACUCUGUGUAAUCAAAAUAAACUAC